UCGGAGGGCCCAAAACCACCGUAGAAUGCGUGCUACAUUUUUCAGUAACAGGAGUCCCUAGAAGCGUUCAUGCAAUUACAUAUAGAGAUAGCCACCGCUAUACCUGUAGCAUUAAUAGCAGGCUAGUAGUAGUAGCAGAAGUGGUAGGAGGCUAGUUUCAGAAUUUCAUUAACACUCGGCCUGCAGUAACUGAGGCAUGUGCUUCAACUCAGACCCUCAGUCGGCAGGUAACAGAAAGGGUCUGUUCCUUGGAGCUAAAUCCACAGCCGUGCGAAUCUCUGGGGCUAAAUUGAGCCGCCGCGCCUCCCCAGCGCUAACCCUAACCCCCAUCAGCGCUGUCCUUCAGAUGCUAAUCUCGUUAGCCAGGAUUUAGCCCUGCCUAAUCCGCACAGAUAGCUGCUUUCCCCACAGCGGGAAUCGAGACCCUAUCUCUGGGAUGCGGGACUGCUGCUGAGUGUGCAGCCUCUAGGAUGUUUAGCUGGGUGGUGAAAGUGGUUCCCCAGCCCCCUGAACCCCCAGCAAAACUCGGAGAGGAGAAACCCAACGCCCCGGCUCCUGCACCAAAUACAACAGUGACAGUAAAACAGGAAGUAAAGAAAGAAGAACCUAAGGCCAAGACAGAGGAAAGAGCCACAGAAACAGGAAACCAGACUGGUGUGCUCACCUGGAUCUCCCAUGGAUUCAUCAAUGCCCUGCCCCAGCCUGUGGGCACCCCAAAACUCGACCGGGCCAACCCUGAACCGGAGAAAACCAAAAAGGAGGAGAAUGCCGUGGACACCAGCUGUACGCCUGUUGAAGAGCAAGGCCCUGGCGUCGUUGGCUGGAUCGCGCAGGGAUUGGCCAAAGUAGUUCCUUUUCUAGAAUCGUCCAAGGAUCCUCCUGACGUCGAAGAAACAACAGAGAUUUCAGAGGUCCGCAAGGACACGGAGAGUAAGACAGAGGCCAGUGCACCUAUUUCAGAGGUCCGCAAGGACACGGAGAGUAAGACAGAGGCCAGUGCACCUGUAUUUGAGGAAAAAGAAAUGCCAGACGCGGAGCCCCUCCCCCACAUCCCCGUGGUGGAGGUGGUGUCGGAGGUGGAGCCCCCUGAAGAGGACACCAGCUUUCCCCCCAGGGUGCUGGGAUGGCUGAAGCAGGGCUUUGAGAAAGUGGUGCCCCAGCCCCCAGAGGUCCCGUCCCAAUGCAGCACGGAGCCCCCGCCCAACAAGGCCGAGCCUCAAGCAGAGAAAGUCCCCUCACCUCCCCCUGAACCACCAAAACCGGCAGAGAUAGAUGCCAAGGCCGCAAUCCUGGAGCCACAGACCAAUGUGGUGGGCUGGAUCGUCCAGGGACUGGGCCGAAUGGUACCGCAGCCCGUCACAAAGACCAAAGAGGGCGGGGAGUGCGCUGUCACUGUGCAAAAUGUCUGUACUGUACAGGAGCCGGUGGCCAUGGUACUGGAGGAUGUGGACUCGGACUGGGAGAACGAGGAUCACCCGGAGCAGCCAGACCAGGUUGAGCAGCCAGAGCAACGGAUGCAGCCUGGACAGCCAGAGCAGCUAGAACAGCCUGAGAAGCUAGAACAAAUCAAGGAGGAAGAACAGCCAGAGCAGCUAGAGCAAAUCAAGGAGGAAGAACAGCCAGAGCAGCUAGAGCAAAUCAAGGAGGAAGAACAGCUAGAAGAGCCUGAGAAGCUAGAGGAAAUCAAAGAGGAAGAACAGCCAGAGCAGCUAGAGCAAACUAAGGAGGAAGAACAGCUAGAACAGCCUGAGAAGCUAGAGGAAGUCAAAGAGGAAGAACAGCCAGAGCAGCUAGAGCAAACUAAGGAGGAAGAACAGCUAGAACAGCCUGAGAAGCUAGAGGAAAUCAAAGAGGAAGAACAGCCAGAGCAGCUAGAGCAAAUCAUGGAGGAAGAACGGCCAGAGCAGCAAGAACAGCCAGAGCACCAGAAUCUACAAGAACAGCCAGAGCAGCUGGAACAGUCAGAACACCCAGGGCAAAUGGAGCAGUUAGAACAGCCUGAGCAGCUAGAGCAAAUCAAGGAAGAAGAACAGCCUGAGCAGCUAGAACAGCCAGAGCAAAUGGAACAGUUAGAACAGACAGUGCAAACAGAGCAGCUAGAACAGUCGGAACAAGUGGAGCAGCUAGAGGAAAUCAAGGAAGAAGAGCAGCCAGAGCAGCUAGAACAACCGAAAGAGCUGGAACAGCUAGAAGAGCCAGAAACACUGAGCGCGACACACCAGGACCUGGUGAUGGAGGACAGAGAGACGCAGACUGAAACCCCAAACGGGGCCCGCUCCCUGCCCCAGGUGCUGGAGGACGCAGAGACGCAGACCGAGAAAUGGACCCCAAUGGUGGACAGGACGAAGAGCGAGGCUGGGGUGGUCACCAUAGAAAAGCUGGAAGAGAUACUCCGGCUGGAGCGGGAGGAGUCAGCGAGGCUGGCGGAGGGGGUGGCGCGACAGGCCGCGGAGAUGGCGAUUCGGCAGCUGGGGCAGGAGCAGGCGGGCCGAGGGGAGCGGGAAGGAGACGCCGGAGAGCAGUGCCUGGUGGAUGUGGGCCCCACUGAAGCUUCGACCAAACCGGAAGAAGCGCCGAAACCCGAACUGCAGGUGGACGAGAACGUGGUGACCAAACAGCCAACGACCGCAGAGACAGGCGCUCCUUCCCCGGCGGCGGCCCAGGAAGAAGAGGUCGCUGAGCAGGAGUGUGGAGAGAGCUCUAGGCUCAGCGUGCACCCGGCCGUGAACGUGGAGGAUGUGGACUCGGACGGAGAGGCAGGAGGGGGUCCCCGCAGUGUGCCCCGCAUCCUCACCCCGCAAGACCAGAACCCCAAGACCCUGACCGUGCCCGGCGUUUCCAUGGCAGCCCGGAGAGCACGCAAACUGGAGAAGUUCUGGACUACGAUAAAGAAGCUGUACUCCCAGGAGGAUGAGGAUGAGGAGGAGGAGGACCCGGAGACCACCAUCAAGGCCUGGCCCAGUCAGGCCAGCCUCCUCAGCGCGGACGAUGGGCUGAAGGAGCGGCCUGCGUCGGCCGCCAGUCAGACCAGCACGGUGGUGCAGGAGCGUCUGCAGGAGCUGGUCAAGCUCUUCAAGGAGCGCACGGAGCGCGCCAAGGAGAAGCUCAUCGACCCCGACGACUCGGACGAGGAGAGCCCCACGGCCUCCCCUGCUAAGAAGGCCAGUGAAGCUCCUCCCCCUCCGCCCCCUCCUGCCGAGGAGCAGAAGGAGGCGACGGCUCCGGCCGAAAAGGAGGAAGAGGAGGCGGGGGAGUGGUACCAGCAGCUGUGGCGCAGGGUGAAGCUUCCGGGCUGGAUGAGCACACUCAUAAACUACCGCUUCCCUGCCAGCAUCGACCCCUACACCAACCUGAUGUACGUGCUGUGGCUGUUCUUCGUCACCAUGGCGUGGAACUGGAACGUGUGGCUGAUCCCCGUGCGCUGGGCCUUCCCCUACCAGACGCCCGACAACAUCUACCUGUGGCUACUGGCCGACUACCUGUGCGACGCCAUCUACAUCCUGGACAUCCUGGUCUUCCAGCCCCGCCUCCAGUUCGUCAGGGGCGGAGACAUCGUGUGUGACAAAAAGGACAUGAGGGAGAACUACAUGAAAACUCUGCGCUUUAAGAUGGACGUGGCCAGCCUCAUUCCCCUGGAGCUGUUCUACAUCAAAACCGGCGUCAACUCGCUCCUCCGCUUCCCCCGCCUCCUCAAGUACAUGGCCUUCUUCGAGUUUAAUGACCGCCUGGAGGCCAUCCUGAGCAAGGCCUAUAUCUACAGAGUCAUCCGCACCACCACCUACCUGCUGUACUCUCUGCACUGUAACGCCUGUCUCUUCUACUGGGGGUCGGACUACCAGGGUCUGGGCUCCACUAAGUGGGUGUACGACGGACUGGGAAACAGUUACAUCCGCUGCUACUACUUCGCCGUGAAAACCCUGAUCACCAUCGGGGGGCUGCCCGACCCCACCACGCUCUUCGAGAUCAUCUUCCAGCUGGUCAACUACUUCGUGGGAGUCUUCGCUUUCUCCAUUAUGAUUGGUCAGAUGAGAGACGUGGUGGGCGCGGCCACCGCGGGACAGACCUACUACCGCGCCUGCAUGGACAACACCGUCAAAUACAUGACCUCCUACCGCAUCCCGCGGGACGUCCAGCACCGGGUCAAAACCUGGUACGACUACACCUGGCAGUCCCAGGGCAUGCUGGAUGAGCAGGAGCUGCUCAUGCAGUUGCCGGAUAAGAUGCGGCUGGACAUCGCUGUGGAUGUGAAUUACUCCAUCGUCAGUAAAGUCGCUCUUUUCCAGGGCUGUGACAGGCAGAUGAUCUUUGACAUGCUGAAGAGGCUCAGGUCUGUGGUCUACCUCCCAGGCGACUACGUCUGCAAGAAGGGGGAGAUUGGCCGGGAGAUGUACAUCAUUAAGGCGGGGGAGGUGCAGGUGGUGGGCGGGCCCGACGGGAAGACGGUCUUCGUCACGCUGAGGGCGGGGUCUGUGUUCGGGGAAAUCAGCUUGCUGGCGGUGGGCGGCGGGAAUCGGCGGACGGCCAACGUGGUGGCGCACGGCUUCGCCAACCUCUUCAUCCUGGACAAGAAGGACCUGGCGGAGAUCCUGGUCCACUACCCCGAGUCCCAGAAGCUGCUGCGCAAGAAGGCCAAGAAAAUGCUGACUAAGGACAAGAAGCCAGCAGGUGACAAGGGCGAGGGGAAGGAGGGCGCCCAGGUGAUCCCCCCACGGCCCGAGACCCCCAAACUGUUCAAAGCUGCUCUGGAGAUGACCCAGAAGUCCGGCCUGAAGGGAACCCUCUCCCUGCUGAAGAAGACCUACAAGACCAGCGCCAGGCCCUCCAGCUCCUCCCCCACCCCCGGCGGCCCGGCGGAGGAGGAGGACGAGGUGGUGGCGGAGAGCAAGGACGGCUCGGCGCUGAUCCGUCUGUCGCCCGCGCCGCAGGGGGAGGACGUCCUGUCCGUGGAGCUGCAGCCGGGGGAGGGAGGCGCGGAGGGCGGGGAGGAGCCCGGGAAGCAGCAGGAGGAGGAGGAGGAGGAGGAGAAGAAGAAAGGGGAGCCCAAGGAGUAGCCCGGGUAAGAAGGCCCACGGCGUGAGAAUCCGCCGCCCUUCCCUCUCGUCCCGGAACAGGGCGUCUUGAUCUCUUGCGCUUAGGAGCCCCGAAAAGGCCACGCCCGGUCCACGCCCUCGCCCCGCCUGCUCACGGCCCCUGGGGAGCGGCGCCUGCUUCCAGGCUGAGUCAGCCACCCGGAGUAACCACGGAAACCACACAGCCGCCAUCGCGCACCCUGCUCUCCCCUCCCUCUCUCGCCAGGAAAACGAUCGAAGGAAGACACGCGCUGUGGAAAAGUCUAUUUUUCGAUCCCCUCUCUGACCCCUGGGGGACGCCAAUACCUAUAAUUUCUGUUUUUUUUUUUUUCCUUUUGUUUUGUGAUUGAAACCCCAGCGGUGUUUUAGGUCCUUCCCGGGGUAUCACAGCGACUGAGGGCGUCAGCCGCCCCAUAGCUGGACCCCCCGGGGACGGGCCCUCAAACCUGCGUGGGGACGGGAUAUCUCCAGGUCUGCUCUGCUGAAACUGUUUUACACACAACCGGUCCCAAGGACCUGCCAAAACACAGCUUAAACCCCCUCCACCCGUCACUUGCCCCCCAUACAGGCGCUGUCCCUCCGCCUAGUAACAGUACUCUCAUUGGCUCCUGUAGGACCCAGGAGCCACAUAAUAAAUUUCUGUGCUUAGUUUUUUUUUUUGACUGAUCUUUGAAAGGGGCUGUCGGGGGACUGGAGGGCCAGAGUAACACAUUCUCUGUUUUUUACGCCAGAUUCUGCUGCUGUUUGCUGUAGGUGUAGUUUUCUCAAGCUGUGGCAGUUUUUUUUUUUUUUUGUGUCAUGUUGACGAUAAAGAUUGGAAAAGAGUUUACAGCUGUCUUUGUAAUAAAGAGCAUGUGCUACAAGCACCGCCAGACAAUAGCCGGCCAGUUGCCUUGCAUUCGACCACCCUUGGAGUAACGCCAGCUAUAGAACCCAGAAGAGUUUGUAGUUGUGCCAUCGUGGAUAAUCUCAGGCUUUUUAUUUGCUGUUUUUUUGUUUGUUUGCUAUUUUUAGUUGUUAGCGUUUUUUUUUUAAUUUAUUUAUUUUCGUUUCCCACAUCCAGGGAUGAAUGCCAAGCGAAUGUUUUGCCACACCAUUUUGCAAUCGUAGAAAUACUGUUGUAACAUCAAUGAAAUGUUGUGGAAACAUUCAUAAUAGAUUGACUUGGGGAGUGACACCCCCCCCCCCCCUCCCCCCCCUCCAUUUUUCUAACUGGAGCAGCCCACUGACACCUACUGUAAAACGAACAUGGCUUCACAUUGAUUCUGCGCUAUGGAACCAUCGCUGAUGUUUGGGAUCGAUUCCUGCACGGUCCCCUCACAGUUCUCACAUGCAAUGUGGAAAAAUCCUUUCCUUCGAUAGACGGUCAUCAGUACUGUAUAUCAGUGGGAAGGUGGUGAAAAAUGCAAAUAUGUAUUUUUUUUUUUGUUUUUUCAUUCCGUUGUUGGUUGAGAAAUUAUAAUUAUAUUAUACAGGCCGUAUUUAUUCUCUGAGUUUGCACUGAGAAAAGUACAGGGGUGGUGUUGUGCUGUGACUUCUCUCUCACACGUUGCUGUGCUAAUGUUGAUGUUUUGUCUAUCGAAAUUCGCCAAGAUUGCAAGUUUUGUGUGUGAGCUGAUCAGGGCUACACACUCAUCAAUGUUCUAGGUUGUGUGUGUGAACUUGCCGACAUUGCACCGUGUGUGUGUGUGACCUUCUUAGCGUUGUGUGUGUUUGAUGUGUGAAGUCAAUACAAUACAUUUAUUUAGCAGAGGCUUUUAUCCAAAGCGACGUACAAUAAGUGCAUACCGAAGGUCAUUGGAACAACUACAAAACACAGGUCCGAUAAGGUACAAUCCUCAUUAUGUAACAGCUAAUCAUGGCCCAUAGCCAUGAACACAUAAAGUCCAGUUCACACAGUAGACAUUACUCUCUGACCUGACCUAUGCUAAGUCGAACUAGGAGGCAUGACAAGCUACAACGGCAAGAUAAUGAUGCAAACUGCAAUAUAAGCCGCCAGCAGUGUGUGCUUUGUGUGUGUGCUCGCGUUGCGUGUUCCGUGUCUGAACUCAUCAGCGUUGCGUGUUGUGUGUUAUGUGUUGCGUGUCAACUCUCCAGCCCUGUGCAGAGGAGUUUAUGUAAACUCACCAGCAUUGCGUGUUUUGCGUGUGUUUUGAGCUGAGCGAACAGUCCUGCAUUUUCUGUGUGUGUGUGUGUGUGUGUGUGUGUGUGUGUGUGUGUGUGAACUCAACAGCGAUAACCCCUUACCUCAUGACAGGACGACAUUUAAUUUCACAGCUUCUGAUUUAAAUUAGGUUUUACACUGAGGAAGUCAGCUGAGCCUGACUGAAAAUAAGGGAAAGGUCAAUGUGCUCGUUUUUUUUUGCAAAUGUGUCUUACAUGCACAGCAAAAUUUCCGGUGAUAAUUCCCAUGCUAACAGAGUCCAGUUGGCACCAUGUGUACUCUGUAAAAGUUGAUUUAUCACUGGCCAUUUUACUGUGCUUGUCCACUGGGUCAAUUUAACAAAACAGGCUUUUCAAGAAAAGAAAAAAAAGAAAAAGAUCUCUGUUUAAAAAUGGUCUGAAUUUUGAGAAGCAGGCAGGCAGGCAGGCAGUGGCAGUACUGCGGUGGUAGAAAUGCCUGGAAAUCCCGAAUAUGACUUCUGCUCACAGAGGAAGACGGGAAGGAAGUGGCUGGAAGAUAGUCAUUGUGUUUGCAACGCCCAGACGAGAAGCUAAAAAAAAAAAUAUGACCAAACAAUGCUGAGCAAGCCUGUGUUUUUUUAAGGGAACCUUGGUUCCCUUAAGCCAGGUUCACUGUUAGGUUCUCUGUUAUGUGGAAGCUCAGUGGUGCUUUCUGCAUUAAUUGAAAGAUUAAGCUCCACUGUUGUUAGUUACAGACGACUGCAUAUUCUGUGCUACUGCAUAGCGUACAGCUAGAUCCAUUACAAUGCCAUUGACUUUUAAUUACUCCUGUGAGGAUGUCUGUUUAUCUACAGUACAUGACUCACAUGAACAGUAGAUCCCAGUGCUCACUGAUUUAUUUAUUAUUUAUUUGUUUAUCCAAAGCUGCUGUUAAUAUCACCAGUAUUAAUGAUGUACUGGUGUACAUUGAUACUGAUCACUUUUCCAUUCAUGGUUUGUCUGUUAAUUGCAUCUGUUGAAGAAUGACCAGACGAAAUUGCAGGGGGUUAGUCACUAAACGCCUGUCCUUUUUGUGUUUAUCAUUGUGUGGGGGGAUUGCUCUUUUUUGUUUUUACACAAACAAACAAAAUACAGAAGCUGAAAAGCAUGUUGUGAAAAAAUUAGAAUGUUAUGAAAACAGUAACUAUUUUCCCUUAGUUUUUUUUAAAUUGCUGAAAUCAAAUGGUAAUGUUUUAUUAAGUAAGCUUCAUUUUUUUAAUGAUUAUUGAUAGUUCUGAAAUAUGUGAAGGCUGCUCAGUUCCCAGUGCAUAGAUGUUUAUAUUAUGAGACUGCUGUGUGAUUUUAUAUGUAACUGGACAGCCGAAGGAAGACGUCGCCAUUUUGUUUUCAUUGUGUUGUAUAUAGCAGUGCUCAUGAGGCUUACCUUUUGAGAUUUUUUUCGGUCACCACAAAUGCUGUGCUUAUUUUCAUAGCUAUGUAAGAGUUAUGCGUUUGUUUAGAUCAAGAAAAUGCAGUGUUAUGUUUUGCAAAUGCCUUCCCAGUAGUCAAAAACUAAGAGAACCUUAAAACUGUUAUCCAACUAUCUCUUUUUUUUUCAGAAAACACUGUGUUCUGCUCUUUCUUCUGAAUGUAGGAGUGUACAGUAGCAGUUUAGGUCGCUGUGUAAAAUUGCCCUGCAGGCUUUCAGGCAGGACAGUGCAGACAAGAUGCUUCUGCCACAACACCCUACGUCUGGCUUGUAAAUAUGUUUAUUUAAUAUUUUAUUUAUUUAUUUUAUAUAAUUAAUAUCUGAUAUCCGGUUCAAAAAGCUGUGAGAAAACCAGACACUGAAUGUAGUUCAUUACGUUAAAUAGGCCCUAAUGCGUUGUGUGUUUUAUUUUCAUGUGGUAACACAAGUCAGAACCGAUUGAUUACUGUAGAAGAUCAUGUGUGGAAUUGACUUUUUAAAAAGUUUUAUAAUAAUUAAGCAUAGGUAUAUAGAUGCUAUCAACCUGAGAACCAGCUGCUGAAACUGCCAGCUAGACUGUACAUGCUCAUACUUAGUGUAUAGGAUUUUAUUUAUUUAUUAUUAUUUUUUUUAUUUUUUUUUUUUACUGUUCAUGAGCAUUAGUGGAGGCUUUUGAUUUUGACAGUUUAGCAGUGUGUUGCUAUGGCCUCGCAGAUUUAACGGCUCAUUCUCCACAGUUCGGAUGUGCAUGUUUGUAUAGAAUUAAAAUGGAAGUCCUCUUUUUUUGUAUCCUACUAGUUGUGUACAUACGGGGUUGUUUGACCUGCUUUACUCUGCAUUAAUACUCUCAAAUGAGAUCAACUUUAAUUUGCUAAUGCUUUUUAAAUUGUGUGGCUUGUAAAAAAAAUGUAUAUAAUAUAUUAGUAAAAGUGUUCGAAAUUUUUCUGA